AUGGGCGCUUUAGAUUUUUUUACAGUAUAUUUAAUAGGUGAAGAUUUUAAGUUCCCUAAAUGGAAUAUAUCCAAAUGGAUAACUGCACUAUAUCAUCUGAUUUUUCUUCUAUGUUUAAUUAAAACAACACUAUUUGUAAAAGCCUCUAGUUUUGUACUCAAAUCAAUUCAAAAUUCAAGAGUGUAUAUUAAAAAUGUCUAUCGAAUGAAAAAAAUUCUCAAUUUUAUACCAAUACUAGGAAACAGUUUGACUAACUUUUUGGUCUUGUUUGAAAAUACAUUAAAUAACGAUAUAUUACCGUUUUUGACUAAAAUGAAAAUUGUGUUGCCAAUUAUGGUUCAUGUCAUAUUGAUAAAAAUAUGCUUUAUUGAAAACAACAAUAUUGAUAUUUUCUUUACUGGAGAAAGCGAGGAAUUGCUAUUGUUUUGUGGAGAAUCUUUAUUAACAACACUAAUUUUAAGUAAUCACAGAUCAAUAAACGACUAUUUGUUAAUUGCUUAUAUCACACUAUAUAGUUCCGGCCCACUCAAGGAAUCUGACACUUUCAUAGAAACAUUUUUCUUACUUUGGGAAAAUAAUCAAACAACCAAUAACAUUCACUUCUCAUUUCUCUCAUGGGGCACCGUUUUCCAAAUACCAACGAGAAAAUUCUUCAAGAAUAUAUUGUUAAAAGAUGAAAAUAUUACUAUGGAUUCUAAAAAUAUAAAACAGUUUAUUCAAGCAAAUGGAGAGAAUGUGUUCCUUUUAUUCCCAGAAGUUAAUAUACUCACCACAGAAUUAGCCAUGAUUCAGAGAAAAUUAAAUCACGUGUAUUAUCCUUUUGUUAAUAAAUACUAUAAUGUAUUAUCACCUAGAUUUAACCAAUUUAUCAACAUAUUGAAAUCCUUUAAAGAUGUGAUUUGUCUUCCAUCUUUGUCGAACAGAAAUCCGAAUUGGCAAGAGCAAAAAGUCAGGAAUGCCAACAACAAUCAAUUAAAGAAAAAGAAGCAAAUAUUAGAAUUGAGUAACUCACUUGUUUCUACACAAAAGGAAAAAAAAUCAAUCUUAUUUAACAAAUUUUUAUAUGAUGUGACGAUAGUGUAUUAUUCACCGAUAUUAGUUACAAAAGGCCAUAAUCAUGACACUGGAAAUUUAAAGACCAUUAAUGGAAUACAGAUCCAAGAGAUCAAUCCCUCAUUUUUCAAAAUUUUUCAAUGUAGAUUUGAUAUAGAAAAGAAUAAUACUUCCCCUGUUAUCAUUAUCAUUGAUAUUAAAAGACAUCCAAUUGCAACUUUACUAUCAUUGAAAGAGAAAAAAUUAGAAAAAUGGCUAGAAAUGCAAUGGAUAAGAAAAGAUAGUUUAAUUAACAGCUUACACUCCAAUAUCACUGUCGAAUAA